AUGGUUUCUUUUUGGCCCUGGAAGGGCGAUGACAACUCUGCGGCUUCUUUUGAGAAGACCCUAUCCACCCUAUCGACUAAAAUCACCCAGACCACCGCGCUACUCGACCAGCAACGUCAGUCUUCCCGGCGCAUCAAGGCUCUCUGGACCCUCUACUCGACAUUCGCCUAUCUGUUCUACUCCAUCAUUCUCGCCCUGGUAUUGGGGUGGGAGAGCUGGGGAGUCAAGGAAUAUGCAGCUAUCGCGGGCGGGCCGGUCCUGAUCUACGGUGUACGGAAUCUUAGCUCCCGAAUCUUCGAAUACCGAAUUUCCCGCCUCCAACGCCGCCUCGACGACUUCCAUAAACAGCGCGAGGAGACCAUCGAAAAGCUCAAGGUCGCAACCAAGUACAAUUCCACCCAGCAACUGUUAGAGAAGUACGGUGGUGAAUCUCCCAAGCCAUCCCCGGGCCCAAAGGGUCAGGACGAGAAACGCACUCCUGCCCAGCAGCUACAGCAUGUCACCCGCACUGGUCUCCCGCCGCCGCCCACUGCCAAUAUCCGCCGUCCUCCCUCCACUUCGCAAAACCCGAACGACCUGCCACACCCCAGUUCUCCUUCCCCUCCUCUCGAGCUAGCCCAGGGCACCCCGCAAACUCCACCGCCGCCCUCUUUCUCACCUCCUCAAAUACCCAUCGAGCAACCCGGCUUUGCACCAAACGCAUUCACUCAGAACGGCGAAUCGAGCGAACAACCACAUUGGUACGACCGUCUGUUGGACGUUCUGUUAGGAGAAGAUGAAACCCAACCCCGCAACCGGAUGGUCAUGAUGUGUAGCGCGUGUCGGCUCGUGAACGGCCAAGCACCCCCUGGGAUCAAGACACCCGAAGAGUUGGGCCGAUGGCUAUGUGGUAGCUGUCGAGCUUGGAAUGGUGUAGAAAGCGAGACAACAAAGAUCCUCAGUAGCUUGCGUCAAGAUGCUGUGCCAGAGGGAACUUGGGAGCCCAUGUCGAAGGCUGAGACGGAUACCCAGUCCUCCGAGGACAUGGAAGAGGGCGUGAUGGCGGCUUCAAGUGAAGAGGAACAAGUGGACUCACUUGGUUCUGAUGGGGAGGGGCAGAUGGAGGAGGAACCCGAACCCGCCCCUGUGCGGCGGUCCAAGCGCGGUGCAAAGGCCGGCAAGGCACAGUAG